CAAAGCUCGAAACUUCAGAGGCGAUGCAACGCAAUUUGGCCACAGCCAUCACUUCAUCAGGCCAAGUCCACCUUUGCGCUUUUCUGUCGCAGAAUUAACCAUCGCUAUCAGCCGCCAACAUGUCCUGGAGGAGUCAAGGCAUCACGGGCUCGAACAACAUCCCGCUGGGGAAAUCGCGGCGCUUCGGCGGCGAAGAGGAAGAGGAUGGCUUUGUCGAGGAACGCGAUCUCAAACGGGGCCGCGAUCCUGAACCACGAAGCGAAGCCGAUGGCCCUCGCCGCCGCAAGAAGCGCAAUCGAUGGGGCGACGCGUCCGAGAACAAGGCUGCCGGUCUUAUGGGGCUCCCGACCGCCAUUCUCUCGUCCAUGACGAGCGAGCAGCUCGAGGCAUACACUCUGCAUCUUCGUAUCGAGGAAAUCAGCCAGAAGCUUCGCAUCGACGACGUCGUCCCCGCAGAUGGUGACCGAUCCCCUUCGCCACCACCCCAGUACGACAACCAUGGUCGACGUAUCAACACCCGAGAAUAUCGCUAUCGCAAGCGUCUCGAGGACGAGCGCCACAAGCUGGUCGAAAAGGCCAUGAAGACCAUUCCCAACUACCACCCGCCCCAGGACUACCGCAGGCCGACAAAGACCCAGGAGAAAGUCUACGUGCCUGUUAACGACUACCCGGAGAUUAACUUCAGUAUGAUUGCUAACCCUUUAACCCUAACCACUAACUCCCCCUUUCUUUCCUUCAACUUGGACUAUGAUCAGACCCUCGCUACUAUGCCGAUAUGUGGUGUUGUAAGGGGCUCUGGUUUCUUCCGUCGAUUGAUUGUGCCUGUCUAAUCCUAAAGUUCUUUCCGAUGUUUCUUUAUCAAAUUCAGUUACUAACACAUAGCUCUCCCCCAAAGUUGGUUUACUUAUCGGACCCCGUGGUAAUACACUAAAGAAGAUGGAGAAUGACUCUGGAGCCAAGAUUGCCAUUCGUGGCAAGGGCUC